GCCCGCCUCGCCGCCAUACCGCUGCACGCACGCACGCGCCGCACGCCGCACGCCGCACGGUGCACGGUGCAGCGUGCAGUUAUAAUUGGCGCCAAUUCAUUGUUAGCGCCCUCGAACCCCGCCAUACAUGACACCCGACACAGCUCACUCCAUUACCUAAUCGACGCUCCCACCACUCAGUUGCUUAAAUACCUAAUUAUCGAUUUGUUAUUGUUGUGAAAGUUAUUAGUGAUGUAGCGAGCGACUUUAGUGCCAGUGGCGCGGAUAUUAUCACAUGUGCCAGUGUAAUCGGUCACGCAGUGCUCAUUGUUUAGAAAUCGCAUUCCGUUUGCCGAAAACGGUGCCAUUGUUUUGUCCAUAUCAAUCAAAUCGUUUGUGUCAAGACACCCUUACCGCUCGUCGGGAGUUGCGUCUCGUGCCUCGUUAAGUGCGCCCGCGCCCGCCGCCAGCUUUCGCCGCCCGCGCUCGCCGCCAGCGCUGGCCGAGUGUGUCAUGAAUCUCUUUACGCAGCCCCGCGUCACCGCCGACGCCGCACUGCAGGCCAUCGAGAUCGUCGAGCCGGCGCCGGAGGACUGUCCCGCCAUCACCCUGCCUCCCGAGGGAAACGUCAAAAUCCGCAACUACCGAAUGUUGAACGAAAACUUGUGCGCGUACUCCCCCACCGGUGAUGUCAAUACCUCCCCCGACAAAGGUAAACUCGUGUCCAAAUAUGACGUUUACUCAACUCUAUCUCCACCGCGACAGAAAAUCUUGGAACUUUUGAGACCGGAAGACCCCGGUAGAGACGCGUUAGAGGCGAUAGUGAGGCCGACACCGCGACGCGGCCUUGCGCGACCCUUCGAUGAUGACACCAGGCGAUUCCUACAGAGGUCUCUGCUGUCCCCGAACACGCAGGUAUCGACCCCGAGCACGCCGGAACCACGCCUCUCUGAAUCCAAAGAUCGAGACCAGAAAUCAAACGAGCAGCAAUCGAUAAAAUCCGAAAGAUCUCUAGCCGACGAGUUAAAGGAGGCAGAAGAGGAGGAGAAGGCGGGGGGUAUCAGAAGAGAUCUCCUCCGGGAGUUCAGAAAGCGAGGGGGAGAUAUGAAGGAGGCGAUGGAGAGGGAGAGGAUGGGCAAGUUGGCCCUGUCGGUGGAGGAGGACGAGCAGGAUGUGGCGGAAGAAUGCGGCCUGUCCGGGGCGGCGCGGCGUCUGGACGCGCUGCUAGCGGAGUCCCGCAGCCUGCACGAGGAGCUGGCGGGCAUCCACGAGGACAUGCAGGCGGAGAGCGCGAGGGCGCGGCGGUGCGCGGCGGCGGCACGGCUGCUGGCUGCGGAGUCUCGUGCGCUUCGCUACCUCGACGACGUGGUGGCGCUCCUCAACGGCAACGUGGCCGCCGCACGCCGUGCAAAAGCCUGGCCCUUCGCCCUCGGGAACCGGGAGCCCGCCAGAAACUACAUCGUCUGAUAGCGGGUAAACCACAGAGAGAAGAUAGCAGCGGUACGUGACCUCUAAUCGCCGGAGACCAGCGCACUACGCACUCUUAUCAAUAAGCGAACUAUCUUCAUACUGAACAUUCACCUACAAUAUGGACAUCGAAAAUAUUAAGUUUUAUUUUUUAUUUUAAAGUUUACGGACAAACAUUAUCGCAAAAUGUCGCCUAGUUAUGUCACAUUCUUUAUCAUGUUAAGAAAAUUGAAACUCGAUUGUGAUUGAAAAAUAAUUAAGUUUUAAAUGUAGUUGUUAGAUAUUUUAUAGCAUAAUGAUCUCUUUAAUAUCCCUAUAAUAUAAUAAAGAAGUAAUACAUGAAAAAAAAAUAAGUUCAGUGCGCUUAUAUAAAAUUUCUUAUGAACUACUGAUCAAAUACGUGUUGAAAAAAGAAUUAAUAAGAUAUUUCUCUCACGAAUUAUGUCAAUAAAUGUUGACAUUACUGGCUGAGUAUAAUAUUAAUAAUAAAAAGAAAUUUACAUAGUCAUUGUUUUCUAUAUUAUAUGUAUAUCCUUAAAUAAUUGUGUUCAAUCUUCGAUUUUAGUGUGUUCAGUUCUGACAGUUUUAAUUGAAGGACGAAUCAAUAAUUAAAACUGUGCAUGUGUAGACAAAAUUUAGCUAUCAGUCGGAAUACUCAGUUGAAAUCUUGCCUACACACGCAGUUUUAACUGAUCAGUUCAAUAGUUCAGUUACUACCCAGCGUUUGUAACGAGAUUAAUAUUCCGUUUAGUUUUCAAUAAUCCUUUGCUUACGGAUUUUUAUACUCUCUAUAGCUGAUAUUAUAAAUUAAGGGCCGUCACAGCAAAAUUUCUUUUACGAAUUUAAAACCAAAUAAACUUGUUAACAAAUCUAUAGGCAGUUAUAGCUAAUUACAUGUUGCUUGAACAUUUUACUAAGACUGAUAUUUUUUUUUGGUUAGUGAUAUCGAAUAAGUAGUAAAUAA